CCCACUUCUCCCGGCGCCCGGGGGGAUCAUGGAGGCCACUGCAGAGUAGUUUAUAACUCACCCCCUAACACUAGUGUUAGAUUUUUAAAAGGCUAAAUAGUUAAGCGCUGGACUACUAAAGGAGGUGAGGUUCGAAUCCACCUAGGGGCCCAGAGGUGCGUCGGAAGAUACGCCUGGUGAUUUGCUCCGGAGUGAUCAUAGCCUUUAAAACCCUAUACAGAACAAGUCCGCUAUGACACUUGGGAUCGCCAUGAGCGGGAACCAACUCUACUGCAACUAACAACGCACUUUGUGGAACUCGGUAAGAAUGAAACAGAAUCCCAAAACUAGACAAAACGCGUCUGCAGUCCAGCAGACUCCGACUCAUAGCAAGCUUGUAGAACAGAGCAGACCUGCCCCAUAAGGCUUCCAAGCAGCUGCUAGGGAAUUCGAACUGCCAACAUUUUGACUACUAACCGAACUCUUAAGCACUCCGUCACCAUCACAAAACUCAACAAGGACGUCAAAACAAACACGAUUUACUCAACCCUCCCCAGACACUAAAAAAUAACAUCAAAACAGGAAGCAAAAAAAGCCAUGUUUCUAUAACAUAAAAUUUUAAAAAGAUCCUCCCAGUUCACGUCAGACGGGUAAUGUGCCGACGUCGUAACAAGGUUUGGGGGAGGCACAUAUCACACAGACGUAUGAAAACCCAAUCAUCACGCUUAUGAACCGAAAAAGGAUCAGGCGACAUUUUUGGUUGCGGAGUCCCGAGGAUGUGCUACUGUCUUUAAAGAAAGGGUGACAAACGUAGUGCAGAUAGAUGCAGUAGUGGCAUAGGAAAUCCUGUACAUUUAAAAAACUACACUGAUAUGCUGAGUUUUUUGUUUGUUUGUUUCCAAGUUAAUAAACGAAAACAGAAAUAAAAUUAGCUCGCGAAAGAUUGUCUAUGCAAAUAUAUCCACCAGAGCUCCGCCUUUCUUCCCUUCUCUGAACCUGGGUUUCUCUUGCUUUACGACCACAAGUCGUGAACCGGCAGUGCAUUGCGACAGUAUUGGCGGAAGUCAAACUUUGUGCUUUGCGGCAGCAUGUAGCUUGGUCAGGAACCUGGGAAGAGUUGCAGGCGGGUUUGUUGUAGUGCGUCUGGAGUUUAUUCCUUAACCUCUUUCGUUUUGUUUUUUGUUUGUUUUCCUUUGCGUUUUCAAAAAGGCCAGAGUAAUUUACCCACUCACUCUGGGGAGUCUGAGGCUCUGUUACUACCAGGGAGACCCUUUUUACUUUGCCAUGUCCCUGGCUUUCCAAAUCCGAAACCAGACCCGUUGCGGUGGAGCCGAUUCCGAUUCCUGACCCCACAGGACAGUUGAAAUACCCCAUAGGGUUUCCAAGCUUAAAUUUUUCUGGACUGCCAGCUCUUCUUCCGUGGAGCAGCCGGUGGGUUCGAACCGCCUACCUUUGGGUUAUCAGCCUAGCGCUUAAAUACUGCACCCCUCAUCCACAUUAUUCUUAUCCUGACUGGACUCCCCCUCCCUCCUCCAGGACAUCUUGGAGUUUUAUUUUAUUAGAUUUUAGUCUGUUUUUUGAGAGAACUCCAGACUCCGGGUGAUUCUGCCUUCCCUCCUUAGUAGGUCCCUCCCUGUCUCCGUCCUCGACCCCCUCUACCUCCUCCCCAGUCUGAAGAAUGGAGCUUGACAGCGCUCUGGAGAACUCGCCCCCGGAGAGCUCUUCCUUGGCUGGAGGGCCAUCUUCCGCCGCUCUCCGACAGGCCUUCUCCCAGAUAUUGCACCGUCUUACCCGCCAGGAGGCCCGACGGGGUAACGGCAGAGAUGCAAUUUUUCAGGACCUCAGUGCUCUCAUAGAAGCUACAGAAUGUGGCAGAUUAUUUGAGGAAAGUGGCACAGCAAUCCACGAGAUGCUGGGGGAGGUGGCAAAAGCCCUGGGGACCUAUGCUGCCCCACCCGCGGAAGAGGGGGUUAGAGGUGCUGGUCACUCUGGGGUGGCUGAGAAAGCCGUAGAAGUUGGAUUAGUAUUUCUCAAGCUACUCCGGCAGGUUGAAACUGCCAAGAAGUCCCUGGUCUGCCCUGCGUGGCAGAGAGGCCUACGUCACUUGGCAGGACCCAUCUAUGUUUUUGCCAUCACACACAGCUUGGAGCAACCAUGGACCAGCCCAAGAUCUCAGGACAUUGCUGGAGAGGCGCUCUCCUUACUGCUUCAGGUUUCUGACUGUGGUUCUGUGGCAGGAUUCCUUCGCGGAGAAAAUGAAGAGGAGAAAGGGAGAUUUACUGUGAUAAUGGGACUUCUCAAACCUGAUUUGAAUAAGGAAUCCUGGAAAAAUAACCCUGCCACCAAACAUGUUUUCUCAUGGACUCUGCAACAGGUGACUCGGCCAUGGCUGAGCCAACACCUGGAAAGGAUACUUCCCCCGUCAUUGCUCAUCUCAGAUGACUAUCAAACUGAGAACAAAAUCCUGGGCAUCCGCUGCCUCCAUCAUACUGUGCUUAAUGUGCCAGCUGCUGAUUUGCUCCAGUACAACAGGGCCCAGGUCCUAUACCAUGCCAUUUUCAACCACCUGUACAUACCGGAGCACCACCUCAUUCAGGCUGUACUUCUGUGUCUGCUGGAUUUAUUCCCCAUCCUGGAGAAAGCCAUGCAGUGGAAGGGAGAUGCGGCUCGGCCCACCACGCAGUGCGAAGAGGUCCUGCAACUGAUCCUGACCCACAUGGAGCCAGAGCACCGCCUUCUCUUACGCAGGACCUAUGCAAGAAACCUACCAGCCUUCGUGAAGAGAUUGGGGAUCCUAACUGUCCGCCACUUGAAGAGGCUGGAGCGAGUCAUCAUCAGUUAUCUGGAGGUUUAUGACGGACCAGAGGAGGAGGCGAGAUUGAAGAUAUUGGAGACCCUAAAACUUCUUAUCCAGCAUACUUGGCCCAGGGUUUCCUGCAGAGUUGUGGUCUUAUUGAAGGCUCUCCUGAAACUGAUCUGUGAUGUAGCAAGGGACUCAAGUCUGACACCUGAGCCUGUGAAGACUGCCUUGUUACAGGAGGCCACAGACUGCCUUAUUCUCUUGGACCACUGCUCAGAAGGACGGGUGAAGAGUCUCCUGGCCAAGAUUCCCCAAAGCUGUGAAGAUGGCAAGGUGUUGAACUGUAUCAGAAAAGUGCAGCAGGCUUCUGAAGGCGGUCACUACCAUGGAACUUAAGAUUUGUGUUAUUUACCCAAAGAUGAAAGGAUUUCCUUUCUAUUUCAGAUUGUAUGAAUGGUGCUAUUUAUGGAAAAAGGUAUUUUUACACCAAACAUUGUUAAGUUAUAGCUUCCUUUUUUAAAAAUUUCCUUUUUCCCCCAUGGAGUGGGGAAAGAAAGAGGAGGAAAGAUUUAGGGCCUGCAAUUUCUAAAUGAAAGUUUGUUGCAGAGGGAGGGAGACACGCAAAGGAAACAAGGGUGGGUUACAUUUCAAAUUUAGAAAUGUUUACACCCACAAUCUCAUUCCAGCCUCAAGAACUCAUCUGUUAAGCUUCUUGGAUUCAAGCUGUUACUAUAACACAUAUGCCAAAAGUACUACAAAAAUACACUGUUUACAAUUUAAGACUUUCCUCCACUUCCUUCCCAGAUUUCUUGCCCCACAAAAGUGACAAAUAUUGAGAAUACAAAUACUGUGUUAAAAACAACACAAAAGAGCAAAGACUUGAGGUGUGUAUGUGUUUAAGAUACAAAAAAGAAGGAAGUUAAAAAAUAUCCAGUCCUGUUUAUAAAUGAAGAGAAAUCACGUGGUCUGGGCUUUGGCCGUGAGCUCUGUCUCCUGUUCAUAUUCUAUCUCCACGUAGGCACGUUUUCUCUGCAAAGGUCCUUUCAAGGGGGUUUUGCCUUUGUGUUUAGCAUUAAGUGCCUUCUCCUCUUCCUCACUGGAAGAUUUAUCGUCCUGAUCUUCAUCACUGCUGGCAUCCAGUUUAUCCAUAUCCUAGUGUGGGGACAGAAAAAAUAGAGGAGGGAAGAGGCUAGGUUAGUUCCCCCAAACUCCCUUCGUUGUUCUCACAGUUUAGAACAAAUCGGAGAAUUUAUUUGCUUCUCUGCAUGUUGAGAAACCUUCCCUGUUUUUUGCUGAAGGCCAAAGGAUCUUUGACACAUAAAGCUCACCUCGAAGUCACUUAUGUCACUCUCAUCUCCCUCAUCAUCUUCCACAAAUUCUCUUUUUCCCACAUCCUAAAGUAGAACAUAACUGUUAGGUUCAAAAUACAUAAUGAAAACUCAGUUUACACAUCUAGUUUUCUUCUUUGAUAAAUAAGUACAUGACAGACAAUUAGAAUCAGAGUCUACUUACUCUGCAACCAGUAUCUACCUAUUCCAAAAUCUAAUACUUCUGAAUUAAGAAAUUUCUAUAGAGAUAUCAAAUAAUUCUCAUGUUUGAUUUCAAUCACUGGAGGUAAAAUGUCCUCAUUUGAAUUGACUAAAAUCGGUACGUAGGAAGGGCUUUACAAAUAAUUCUGGGUACAUUCAACUAAAACUAGGAGUUCAAAUACCAUAAAAAUGCUUUAUCAGUAGGUAAUAGCCUGAGUGUCCCAUAUGAUUAAAGAUGUACUUGCUAAAUUAGCCUUUUUCCUAAAAAUACUGCCCAUUCAAAUACGUCUCCUAUUUACUAGUAAGAUUAAACCCUGUGUAAAUUUCAGCAGGCUCCCUAGUGGUACACUUCUCAGCUGAUGGGAUUUUUGUUACCUGGCAGGAAUAGCUUUAGAAGCCAAUAAGUAAGAUUGAAGUUGUCAAUGCAUAAAUAGUCUGUUAGCUGAGCCUCGAGAAGAAAGCAGCCACUGAUGAACCAAAAUUAGUCUCCUGACAGAACAAAAUGACCAGGUGAUUGUAUUUGCUUAGGGGAAUGAAGCUGCUAGUCUGUCCCUCAAUCACAUAACCCAGACCUAGUCCUACAUAGGUUUCUGCUAGACACAACUGGACAAGGCUUACCUCUUCAUCAUCAUCUUCGUCUUUUUCCUCAGCAUCUGAAGGGUCACUCUCUGCCUCCUGCUGUUCCAGGGCCUUGUCGAAGGCGUGAAUGGGGAAGUUGUAGAUGUCGCCAUACUGGAUAACAGACACAGAUGGGCUUUAACUAAAUUUGGGUAUUACACUUGAGGUUCCACUGUCUGACUUAUUUUUUUACCCCCAGUGUUGAAGCUGAAAAUACUUAAUCUGGAGAGUAACAUUUCAGUAUUAUUUUUAAGCCUAGAGUUGUCAGUGUCUUAAAAGGCCCGUUUUGACAUUUAAAUUAUCACUGAUUAGUAUCAAAUAGGUAACUACUAUGAGAAUGGAACCAAAUCACUUAAAAAAAAAAAAAAAUUUUUUUUUUUUAUAAAAC